AUUCCACCAGUGUGACGCGGGCUGGGGAUAGGAAGAGACGUACGGAGAGGAAGAGCAGGAGUGAGCGACAGAAAAGACAAGGAAGAGAAAACGCGUCCAUUAUUUUGGGAUAUAGGCGAGUGCACGAAGAUCUUACCUCAUUUUCUUCUCUCAUCUGGUAAUACUGUAUCAGCGUUGGGCGAGGCAGCACACCGCCCGGAGCGCGAUGUCAGCGGAGGAUGAGGAGGUGGGUUGGGUACUGGAUGGGAUCGUCAAUUUGCUCCGGGGACCCGUGUGGUGUGUCCCCAUCCUCACCUUUAUAGAGAACAAGUCCGUCACAUUCGAACCAAAACCAGAAGACAAAGAAGAAGAGGAGGAGGAAGAAGAGGAAGAUGAGGAUCACAAAGGAAUCCAUCAAGAGUAUAAGACAUUGGUAGAUUUCUUGUUGCAGUCUUUCAUGGAUGACCUGCAGGUGACGCCGGAGCAACUGGAGAAAGCUUGUGGCAUGGCGGCCAUUACUACUCCCUUCCAAAGAAGCCUGUUAGAGCAAGUGUGGGCAGCGGAUGACUACGACACCUUCCGCAACAUGAUGAUCCAGAAGAACAUUGAGCUGCAACUGCAAGCUCUGGAAAUGCUGCAGCGCAAGUAUGGAAUUAUGCCGGAGAGUUACAAGAAGGAGGAAGACGAAGAGGAUGAAUCAGAGAAGAGAGAGAGGGAGAUAAUGGAGGUGGUGUAUAGAAUCUCGCUGGAGGAGCACGAGGCAUUGACUGAAGCGAUGGACAGGGAAAUGCGUGACCUUGAGGAAGCCAUUGCGAGAUCCACCCAGGACGAGAGGAGCAGGCUGGACAGAGCUCUGAGGCGCCCCAAGCGAGAGGAAGAAGAGCAACAAGAGGAGGAAGCAGAAGAGGAGGAGGAACCAGAGCCCAAAACGGAGGAAUUCUCAAAGAUGCCUGUGUUGCCUCCUAUAUCCAGCAAGGGUGGAAACAUUGACCCUGAAGAUCUGAAGAGGCGGCAGGAGUACCUCAAGAGUCAGAGGGACAAGUUGUUGCAGAUGAAACAAAAAGAGAGAGAGAAACAACUGCAAGACUUUGAGGAGAAGGAUAACAAGAGGCCACAGUCUGCCACGGCGGCAAGAAAGGCUCUGGAAGGCGGCUCACAACUUGAUGCCAAGACCCUAGCGGUGCGGCGAGCCCUGGCUGAACGACUCAAGGCUGAGGUCAUCAAAGAGAUGUAAGAGAGAGAGAGAGAGAGAGAGAGAGAGAGAGAGAGA